AUGCCAGUCCCUCCUAUCGCUGAAGAUGCUUUAGACUUAAUUGGUAACACACCAUUAAUCAAGUUAAAUAGAAUUCCACAAAGCUUUGGUAUUAAAGCCAAGGUUUAUGCUAAAGUUGAAUUAUUCAAUGCUGGUGGUUCUAUUAAGGAUAGAAUUUCUAAAAAUAUGGUUUUAGAAGCUGAAAAGCAAGGUAGAAUUAAACCAGGAUAUACUUUGAUCGAACCUACUUCUGGUAACACCGGUAUUGGAUUAGCCUUAGUUGGUGCUGUUAAAGGGUACAGAACCAUUAUCACGUUACCAGAAAAGAUGUCGAACGAAAAGGUUUCAGUUUUGAAAGCUUUAGGUGCUGAAAUUAUCAGAACCCCAACAGAAGCUGCCUGGGAUGCUCCAGAAUCACACAUUGGGGUGGCCAGAAAGUUGGAAAAAGAAAUCCCUAACUCUGUUAUCUUAGAUCAGUAUUCCAAUGAAGCUAACCCUGAUGCACACUAUUAUGGUACAGGUUAUGAAAUUUGGGAUCAGACUAAAGGUAAGGUUACCCACUUAGUCGCUGGUGCUGGUACUGGUGGUACUAUCACUGGUAUAUCCAAGUAUUUAAAGGAAAAAAACGCAAAUAUUAAAGUAAUUGGAGCUGAUCCAAAGGGUUCUAUUUUAGCUGUGCCUGAGUCGUUAAAUGAUACAAACGAAGGUUACUUAGUUGAAGGUAUCGGUUAUGACUUUAUUCCUGAUGUUUUAAAGAGAGAUAGAGUCGAUUCGUGGAUUAAAACUGAUGAUGCUGAAUCUUUCAAAUUGGCUAGAAGAAUUAUUAGAGAAGAGGGUAUUUUAGUUGGUGGCUCUUCUGGUUCUGCAUUACAAGCUGCAUUACAAAUUGCCAAGGAUUUAACUGAAGACGAUACUGUUGUUGUUGUUUUCCCAGAUUCAAUCAGAUCUUACUUAUCCAAGUUUGCCGAUGAUGAAUGGAUGACUACUAAUGGAUUCCCUAUCGAAGAAAAUGAAAGUGCAUCAAACAAGUCUGAUGAGAUUUUGAAUAAGACCACCAUCAAAGAUUUGGUUGCUGAUAAGGCUCCUGUUGUCACUGUCACUUUAUCUGACACUGUUGGAAAGACAUUUGAUUUAUUACAAACUAAUGGUUUCGAUCAAUUACCAGUUUUGAAUAACUCAGGAAAGUUGGUGGGUUUAAUUACUUUAUCUAAAAUUUUGAAAUCUCUUUCCACCAAGAAGGUCCAAAUGACAAACUCUAUUUCAUCAAUUAUUAUUGAUUUUAGAAAAUUGGCUGAUUUUGAAAAAUCCUUCACAAUUACUAAGAAGUCAGGUUUUACCAAAAGAAGUUACGAGCCAAUUACUAUGGAUACUUCGUUAGCUUUGUUGAACAAAUUCUUCGAAACUAAUUCCAAUGCUAUUGUGACCGAUGAGGAUUAUAAACCUGUCCAAAUUGUUACCAAGGUCGAUUUAAUCUCGUACUUGACAAAAAUCUUAUAA